UGUGUUUUGUGACCAGUGCCUCUGUUGGUCACAAAGGAUUUCUCCAGCGCAGCAACAUUCAAAUACUGAGCUGCUGAGGCAGCAGGCUGCAGGCUUUGUAGGUUUGUCUGAUGCCAGGUGAAGAGACAGAAAGCACAAUCGCAGAGCGGAAUAUAUCUAUUUAGGCUUAUUUAUUUAUGUGUAUAUAUAGCCUUAUAAGUAACACCAAGAAGUCACGAAAAAUUAAGUAAAGUGAAACAAGUAACUCAAAUAUAGUUCACCAGCGGUUUUAUCUGGGAAGUUGGGUUUAAAGAACAACAAGGCUCUUACACAACUCAAGCCAUUUACAGGUUUUAAAUAAUUGGGAAAGGCAAAAAAUAAUUUUAAAAAGCUACAGCCCUAAAUAAAGCAAUAAGUACUUGCCGAGCCACAAUACUUGGCUAUAAGUCCAGCAAGCACAUUUGUUGAACACAUUUUUUUUUUAUUUGACCUGUACAACACAUUGAGAGGCAUCAGAUCUCUCGUUUGUCCAAAGAGCAAAACAAAAACAAAAAAACCACUGAAGUAAUAAGUAGUUAGUUGAGCAAGAAGGCAUCACUCCUGCUGACUGAAUCUAGAUUUUAAACAUAUGUAUGGGGUGGUGUUAACAUUGAGCAAAAUUGCUGCAGCAGUUGCCUUCGUUAGAUCUUCCAGGACACGCAGCGAGGCCUUGUACUCACUGGCUUGAUUCAUUUGAGGCAGAUUUAUAAAUGGACACUUUUGUCCAGCAGGGCUCUUGUGGCGGAGGAGAUAAGAGACCCUGUGAAGACCUUUGAAAUAUACGGCUUUAAUGACAAGUUCAACUGACCUUUUAUUUUCCAUUUUGCAUUGAAAGCAACCAAUUGCUUUUUUCUUUCCCUUAGCAACCAAUCAGUCCACUCCAAUUCAGACGGAUUUCUUUGAGCUUGUGUACGUGUGAUGUUCCGCCUGAUCACUCUGGUCUGAUGUUACCAGCUUUUUGUUUUUCUGCAUCCGAACCUGUUGCUUCUCCCGUCGCCCUCCCACUCCCCGUUUAUUUGCAUGUCGACCGACCCUGCACGAGGCCAGCUGUUGCUGCCCUUUUAUUUCUUCCCACUCAAUUCUAAUCAUUACUUUCAAAGGAAAGUGUCUCUGAAGCUCUUUAUCAACUGGGAGGAGGCAAUCCGCUGUCCGACACCACUCAGGCUGCCCUUCUUACCACUUCUGUUCUGCACACUGGGAACACUCCCUAAUUGUAACCUGCGUCUUUAAGUCUGGAGGAAACAAGACAUGGAAGAAUAAGUGACAGUGACAGAUCUCAUUUCAUCUCUACAGUGAUGCCAUGAGGUUGAUUUUGGUUAAACCCACCAAUGCAACGCGACGUCUUGACUCAACAGGUGAAGUCUUCCACAACGGGGACCAUGAGCAUUGCACCUCAGGGGGCCCACCCCCUCAGACAAAAGUACCUGAGGGGAAGUGUGAUCAACACUCCGGGGCCUCAGUUGGAGCAUCGUCGUCCCCGCAGGAGACAAGCCUGUGCUGUGUUCCACGCCAUGAAAUGUCUAAUGGAAUCAAUCCUCCGAGAGUUCCAGCCCAGAUGUCGCCGCUGAAAACCCAAAACUUAACCUUAUCCCAGCUAAGCAAUCAGGAGUGGCUGCUUCUUUGUGGCCAGGUUAGCAGCGUAGCGGAUGAUUCGCCCUCAGCAGAAAGAGUAGUGACCGGCGUGGGGCAUCCAAACCACAAUGACAAAUGUGGUUGUUCCUGUCCUGAUGCACAUCAGCAUUCAGACACUUCCACUUUUCAAGCACCAUCAACACACAGCACACUCCAAGACUGCCUCUCCAGAGUUGCAAAUAAGAGGAGCUUUUCAUCUUCUCUGCAAGCCCAGUCUUUCUCUCAAAGCAGCCAAUGUUCAGCCACUUGCCAGGUUUUACCACAGCAAACAAACCAAAAGGAUCUUUUGAAACCCGCAGCAAACCAUCCGCACCAUAAUUUCAUGCCUCAGUGCAGUGACCAAGAAGGUCGAGACGAGCUUUUACAGCAGCACCCUUGCAAUCAUUUUAACCUCAAAGACAGCAGCCAGCCAACUUGUCCAAAUAUGUUCAACAUUCCUCUAAACUCUGUCGAGAGUUUGGAAACAAAUCAGAAACUUCACCAACGGCCUGAGCCAGCUGUUGCUGCAGACCUCAACUGGAGAGAGCUUUUUGGUAAAGAACCACUGUUAGUUCAACAACGUCAAAAGCAUAACUCUCACGGCUUGACAACUGGCGAUCAAACCUGUAAACCAGCUGGGGAUCCCUCCAUUUUCCUCAAAUGCCGUCAUCUCCCUAAGAACCUACUGACUGGUACUCAGUCACAGUUGAAGAGGUCAUCAACACCAGCCAGUGAAAAAAGUGUUCAAUCCUUCUCCAUCAGCCAGUAUAGUUCACUAGAGAACCAGGAUUCAGUGGAGGGAAGAGCUCGAUAUGGACAAAGUCAGACGACCUCUCAGCAACUCAGUGGAUCCAAACUCUCCCUCCCUAAACAUACUCCCCCACCAGCUGACAACUUAGACACUGGUGGUUCAGUUAACGGGGAUGCCGUGCGGCCGCUGAGCAGCCAUGGCACUUUAAGAUCCAGUCUUGCAGAUCUUCACUCAGGCCAGCAGCCUCUUCAGCUUCUUCACAGUGGCGUCCUGGAGGACGCCUUCUCCAGAGUCAUCAGGGACGACUCCAGUAAGGCCAACAGUGAAAACCUGACCAAUGACGAAGGCAGCGCACCACAGAAGAGGACUAAGGACAUUAGCUACCGCCUGGGGCAAAGAAGAGCUCUCUUUGGGAAGCGCAAACAAUUGAGUGACUACGCCUUGGUCUGCGGGAUGUUUGGCAUUAUUGUCAUGGUGAUUGAGACAGAGCUUUCCAGGGGAUUUUACAGCAAGGAAUCCAUAUAUUCAUAUGUUCUGAAAGGCCUUAUCAGCCUUUCUACAGUUAUUCUUCUUGGACUCAUUGUGAUGUACCAUGCAAGGGAAAUCCAGCUGUUCAUGGUGGACAAUGGGGCAGAUGAUUGGAGGAUAGCUAUCACCCUCGAGCGGAUUAUCUUUGUUGUGUUUGAGCUUCUUGUCUGUGCCAUCCAUCCAAUCCCGGGCCAGUAUGUGUUGACCUGGAUGGCUCGACUGGCCUUCAGUCACACCACAUCAGUCGGGGACACUGAUGUGGACAUCCUCCUCUCUGUGCCGAUGUUCCUGCGCCUCUACCUGAUUGGUCGGGUCAUGCUGCUUCACAGCAAACUGUUCACCGACGCUUCCUCCCGCAGCAUCGGGGCGCUCAACAAGAUCAACUUUGACACUCGUUUUGUGAUGAAGACGCUGAUGACCAUUUGCCCCGGCACAGUCCUGCUGGUGUUCAGUGUGUCCUGUUGGAUCAUCGCAGCAUGGACCGUGCGCCUCUGUGAGAGGUAUCAUGAUGCGCAGGAGGUAACUGGUACCUUCCUUGGAGCAAUGUGGCUGAUAUCCAUCACCUUCCUGUCGAUCGGCUACGGAGACAUGGUCCCUCACACCUACUGUGGAAAAGGGGUUUGCCUAUUAACAGGAAUUAUGGGAGCGGGCUGCACGGCUUUAGUUGUUGCUGUUGUUGCAAGGAAGUCAGAACUCACCCGAGCUGAAAAGCAUGUCCAUAAUUUCAUGAUGGAUACUCAACUCUACAAAAAGAUAAAAAACACAGCGGCCAACGUGUUGAGAGAGACGUGGCUCAUCUACAAAAACACUAAGCUGGUCAAGAAGAUUGAUCAUUCCAGAGUACGCCACCAUCAGCGUAAAUUCCUGCAAGCCAUCCACCAACUGCGAAGAGUCAAAAUGGAGCAAAGGAAAUUAACUGACCAGGCCAAUACAGUUGCUGACCUUGCCAAGACUCAGAACAUAAUGUACGAUCUGGUGUUGGAGCUGCAGCAUCGAAGCGAGGAGCUGGAAAGGAGGAUCGUAGCUCUGGAGGAGAAACUGGACUCCAUCCUUCUCGGUGUGCAGUCGCUGCCAGUUGUGCUUACUCAAGCGAUAACAAAGCUGCAAAAGGAUUUCCUGGACGACUUGGCUUGUCGCGUCCACUUUCUGUCAUCCUCCCUGAGCUCCGAGUGCUGUCCGGUCCCUGCCAGGCAGCUCUGUCCAGGGCCCCCCACUCCAGAGACACCGUACAGCUAAUAGGCCUUGCCCAGUGGUUUGCAACCAUUUUCUUGGCAUGCACUUUUAGUAACUCUCCGCUACAUGAUCAUUCAGUUACACACAUUCACCCCUGGGAGUUACAGCUGUAGAGUCCUGCUCAGCAGCUCCUAUGAGAGGCGAAGUGUUAGCUAUUAAGGCAUGGAGAAGAGGUCUUCUAUUGUUAAUAUUACUUCCAAAGCAAAAAUGGUCUGGUACAAACUAAAACUGAGCUUGUGAGAAAUUUAGUCUGAGUGGUCACUCAAAAUAUGAUCAUAUAUAUUUAUUUACUCACUUGACUCACACUCUUAAUUUUUUGUCUCUUUUUCUCUUUUUUUGUUGCAGUUUGAGAUUUGAUUUACAUAUGGUGCUUCACUGCUUCUUGUAAAUUGCAUUGUGGCUGUGUAUAUGUCCAGGUGCUGUCACUGCUCUUUAAGUUGUAUACAUGAAAAUGUUCUAAAGAAUAGAAAAAUAUAAGUAAAAUAUAUUUAUUUUUAAUAAUUUGGGAACAGUAUUUAUAGUGCUGAAACCGUAUUUUGUGGAAUUAGCCUAAAUAUUUUUGGGGGUUUUAGACAAUAGAGACAGGUGACAUAUAACUUGCCCUUUUUAAAAACGUUUUAUUUUUGUAGCAACCACAUAGUAUUUUAUU